AUGGACGUCAAAUUAUCAGUUAUUUGUCAAACCUGUCUAAGUAACGAACGUUUACUAUAUCCUUCGCAUAAGUUAGCAUCUGUUCUUGAUAAAUUGGGCAUAUUUUUAAAGAUAGAUGAAUACAGUGGUAUAUGUUGGGAGUGCAAAGCCAUUAUUAUGAGAUUCUUAAAAUUUAAGCAGCAAGCAAUCAGAGCGCAGAGAGCUUUAAAUCUAAUUGUCCAGAUUCAAGAUUUAAAAAGUCUAAGUACUUUAUCAUACCAAAAUAAAUAUAUUUAUGACUUAGAAAUUCAAUACAAUGAUCCGUUAACAACUGUUGAAACAGAAAAUAAGAGUGAUAUAAAAGUAGAAAAGCAGACUAAUCAUGAAAUUUUCAUAAAUGAAAAAUUACCAGAUAAUGAUUUAGGUAUAAUUGAUGAAGAAGUAUGUGAAGCGUAUGAAAAUAUAUCUUAUAUAGAAGACAUUGGUACAAAAACAAAAGAUAAUAAAGUAAAAAAGAUUAAGUGUGUAAAACCAGUAAAGCUUAAAAGAAGAAACAGUAAAUCAGACAUUAAAGAAGUGGACAAGAAGUUUACAACUGUUGUGUUCACAGAGGAGGAGAUGUUGAAGAAUAGAGAGAAGAAGCGAAAUCAACCUAAUUUUAAAAAGAUUCCCUACAAAUGUGAAUUAUGUGUUCUCGGAUUUACGCGGAAAGAGAAUUACGAAUUACACAUUGAAAAGAAACACAAUGAAGACACAGGCCAACACGUUUGUGAUGUUUGUCAAUCACGGUUCAGUUCUAUUAGUUCAUUAGACAGGCAUCGUCAGAAACACUAUGUGCUGUAUCGUUGCCGUCUUUGCGAUUAUGAGAGCCUUGAACUUUGGUCCGCUGUGAACCAUUGUCGGGCAAAGCAUAGUGGGGACACUAGUGGGAGAAUACACUGCCCUCAGUGCUCUGUUAUUGUAAGGAGUCCGGAAGCAUUGACUGAGCACAUGCGGUCUCAGCACGUGCUACGUUGCAGUGAGUGCGGCGACAAAUUUAAAGGCAAGCACACACUCCGGAGGCAUAAACUUCGGACACAUGGCUUGAACCGGGACUUUGUCUGUGAUAUAUGCGGGAAGACGUUCAUGAAGAAGUCCCGCUUGGAGUCGCACGUGGUCGGCCACAAUUCGGCACUGGCGAAGAAGCUAGCGUUUUGCACUGUUUGCAAUGUGCAGUACAAGAAUUUAUAUGUCUAUAGAAAUCACUUGAAGAACAGCGCCAACCAUUCUGAAAGGUUAUAUGAGUGUACGGAGUGCAAUAAGAAAUUCGCGUCGAAGGUGUACUGGAGGAAGCACUGCGAUUUUUACCAUUUAAAUAAGUCACAAUUUAAAUGCGAGAUAUGCAAUAAGUUGUUUAUAUCUGACUGGCGUCUGAAGAACCAUCGGCAGACCAACCACGGUCUCAGCAGAUCAAGGAACCACACGUGCAAUAUAUGCGGCAAGAAAUUCUUUACGCUGUCAACUCUUCGAGGCCAUCAGUUGACACAUUCAGAGCAGCGCUCAUACAUGUGUGAGGACUGCGGUGACACGUUCAAGCAGAGACCAGCACUAUACACUCACUCACGUCUUGUACACAAGGGUGGUAAACGACGAAAAUGA